AUGGCCGCCACGUCCCACAAUACCGGAGGCAAGACCAGGACCAGGACCAGGACUAGGACCAGGGCCAAGGCUAAAGCCAAGAGCCGCUCCUCCAGAGCAGGGCUGCAGUUCCCAGUUGGCCGAGUUCACAGGCUGCUGAGGAAAGGGAACUACGCUGAGCGCGUCGGUGCCGGGGCUCCUGUGUAUCUGGCUGCAAUGCUGGAAUAUCUGACCGCUGAGAUCCUGGAGUUGGCUGGAAAUGCUGCCCGCGACAAUAAGAAGACCAGGAUCAUCCCCCGCCACCUGCAGCUGGCUGUCCGCAAAGACGAUGACCUGAACGAACUGCUUGGUGGCGUCACCAUCACUCAGGGAGGAGUUCUCCCCAACAUCCAGGACAAGAGGCGCGUGUGUUGCUGCCGUCUAAUUCUGAAAAAAAAAAAUGAAUGA